AUGAUAGCUAAUGAGGUGAUUGAUGAGGCGAGAAGACUCAAAAGUUCAGUGGAUUGGGGGUUUUUGGAUUUCGUCACGAAGAAAAUGAAUUUCCCUUCAAAAUGGAGGGAGUGGAUCCGAGAAUGCGUCAGUAGUGCUAUGGUUUCAGUCCUCAUAAAUGGAAGUCCUCCUAUAGAGUUCACAAUGGAGCGUGCAUUGAGACAGGGAGACCCACUCUCGCCAUUCUUGUUCCUUCUCGUUGCUGAAGGACUCAAUGUUCUAAUAAGCAAAGCAGUGUUUGAUAAAAGCUUCCUGGGUUAUGGAGUUGGACGAGCUGAAAAUGUAACUCUGUCUCAUUUGCAAUUUGCAGAUGAUACGUUGAUCAUUGGAAGAAAGUGUUGGGAUAACAUAUUGGCCAUGAAGGGCUAUGUUGAGAUUGUUUGA